AUCUAAGAACCUCAGAGAAUAUGCAGUUCAAACCAUUCGUCGCGGUUAUCCUUCUCUUCGUCGCUCAGAGCAUCGCCGCUGAGUGCAUCGUCGCUCAAAGUCCUGGAUCAGGGGAAUAUCCGAGUCCUAGCAUCCCAGACGGGUCUGUUAUGUGUACAUCUAAUGCGGAAUGCCCUCCAGGACAGCACUGUUGCGGAAUUUCGCCUGACGUACAGUAUUGCCUUCCUAUAGGCACCAUUUGUUGAAGCGACCAAAGGGUGACGGGUUUUCGGUCCCAAUUUAGUGAUCCUCUGUCGAAUCAUCAGAAAUUAGUAGCUAGCCACACGAUUUUGUGAAACAAUUUUUAGUGUAGACGAAUAUCCAUAAUGCUUACCUC